AUGGCCAGUGCCAUAUGGUGCUCCCUGCUGGAGCUGCAGGGAGCGCCCCCUGGAGGGCGGGGGCCUGGGUCCUCAAAUGUGACCAGCACCCGAUGGGCCAAGGACCCUGAGCGCCUGGAUCAGGCCACACCUGCAGCUGGAACACCCGGGACUGACUGUUUUGCUGAAGACAGUUUGAAGAGGGAGCUCAGAGGUGUGGUGCCUGGUCCGGGUCCUGCUCCUCCUGUGCAGAGCCAGCUGUGUGACCAGGGCGCGUCACCUGCUUCUGUGUCCUACUGCCUUACUGCCGAGCGAGAGUCACGGGAGGGGUCUGGAGAGCUCGCCGGUGCCGGUGGCAGGCGGGCAGGAGGCGUCCUGGCCGCAGCAGCACCCCUGAGCCAACAGGAGGGGAAGACACCCGGACCCGUGUACAGACCCGGCAGCCCGUCCCUCGGGCCUCGGGAACUAAAUGCCCGCUUGGCAGAGCAGCUGCAGAGGUCGGAUGGGGGCCCCGGGGGCAGCGCAGUCCGCAGCUUGGUCAGACACAGGGCGGCUGCACAGGAGCCUUCGAAGGUCCUAGUGAACGGCCCCUGCCCCACCUGGGAGGCCAGCGGACGCCUGCAGAGCUGGGGCGAAGGCUGCACCCCCCUGCAGGCUGCAGAGGCUGCGCAAACUCAGCUUCCUCUGGAUUCAGCUUCCCCAUCUGCUAGCAAAAAGUUUGGAGGAAAAGAGCGCUUUGGCCCUCCCAAGUCUCCGGCUGUCUGCACCCCAGAGAACCCCAGGAUACCUGCGAGCCAGCGAGCGCGUCCCAUCCCCUCCCCGCGCUAUGGCCGUGCGCUCCUGGCGCGCGCCCUCCUGAGCCCGCGCCGUCCGCGCCAGCCGUCCCGGGUCCCUGCGUCCCCGAGUCCCCGCGUCGACGUCCUCGCCAUGCACGCGCGCGCCCUGCUCGCGGCCACCCUGCUCGGGCGUGUGCCGCUGCCGCUGGGCCAGCCCGGUGUGUGGCACGGACGGCCGCACCCACGCCAGCGUGUGUGCCCUGCAGGCCGCCAGCCGCCGCGCGCUGCAGCUGUCGGGGACGCCCGUGCGCGUGCUGCAGAAGGGCGCCUGCCCCUCGGGUCUCCACCAGGUGAGCAGCCCUCGGUACAAGUUCAACUUCAUCGCUGAUGUGGUGGAGAAGAUCGCACCUGCUGUGGUCCACAUCGAGCUCUUCCUGAGACACCCCCUGUUCGGCCGCAACGUGCCCCAGUCUAGCGGCUCUGGCUUCAUCAUGUCGGAGGCCGGUUUGAUCGUCACCAACGCCCACGUGGUGUCCAGUAACAAGGCUGUCUCAGGCCGGCAGCAGCUCAAGGUGCAGCUGCAGAACGGAGACUCCUAUGAGGCCACCAUCAAAGACAUCGACAAGAAGUCCGACAUCGCCACCAUCAAGAUCCACCCCAAGAAGAAGCUCCCGGUGCUGCUGCUGGGCAACUCGGCAGACCUGCGGCCCGGCGAGUUCGUGGUGGCCAUCGGCAGCCCCUUUGCCCUGCAGAACACGGUGACCGCAGGCAUCGUCAGCAGCGCCCAGCGGGACGGCAAGGAGCUGGGCCUGCGGGACUCGGACAUGGACUACAUCCAGACGGAUGCCAUCAUCAACUAUGGAAACUCUGGAGGACCCCUGGUGAACCUGGAUGGCGAGGUCAUCGGCAUCAACACUCUCAAGGUCGCGGCCGGCAUCUCCUUCGCCAUCCCCUCGGACCGCAUCACCCGCUUCCUGUCCGAGUUCCAGGACAAGCACACCAAAGGUGCGAGCUCCCCCGGGGCAGACUGGAAGAAGCGCUUCAUCGGCAUCCGCAUGCGGACCAUCACGCCCAGCCUGGUGGAAGAGCUGAAGGCCAGCAACCCGGACUUCCCCGCGGUCAGCAGUGGCAUUUACGUGCAGGAGGUCUUCCCCAACUCCCCUUCCCAGAGAGGCGGCAUCCAAGAUGGCGACAUCAUCGUCAAGGUCAAUGGGCGCCCGCUGGCGGACUCGAGCGAGCUGCAGGAGGCCAUCCUGACCGAGUCGCCACUGCUGUUGGAGGUGCGGCGGGGCAACGAUGACCUCCUGUUCAGCAUCGCUCCCGAGGUCGUCCUGUGAGGCUCCGCCUCCCUCCAGCACCAGGCGCCAGAGCCAGAGCCGCAGGUGGCAGGUGGAGUGAAACCUCCCCAGGAUCAGGACGAAGGACCGUGUGGUCCUCAGUGGGGCCAGCAGCCUCCUCCCCGUGUCCAGGAGCUGAGCCCGAGGCGGGGUCUGAAUCUCAGCCUCAGUCCCAAAUCCCAGGCAGCAAGGGAAGCCUGAUGUCCCCAAGCACAGGUGCUCCUGAAGGUUCUCGGGGACCUAGAAGACUCCUGCAGCUCCCUGGAGCCCGCCCUGUCCCCAGCGCCCUGUCCGGCCGCCAGCCUCUCCUUCAGCUCCCUGCUCCCCAUGAACAUCGUUGCUCUGAGCCCACGCUGGCUUCCCCUGCUGCAGCAAACGGCAGGUGGACCCACACAGCGUAUGACAGGGGCUGCCGCCCCGCCACCCAGAGUCCUCGUGGGCAGGUGCACAGCUGGCCCCCUAGAGGAGUCCGGUCUGACGGCCUGGUCUAGGUGCCCAGUGAACGUCCCCGCUGCAGAGCCACGCCGUGCACUGGCCUUGGGGUGCACCCUCGCAGGGCACAGAAAGUGACAGGCACACCACCUGGCGGCCUGGAGGAGCCGUCCCUCCAAGGUGACCACGGGGCAGCAGGACAGAGCUGGGACCGCUGGGUGUGAGGACUGAGCCGGCUUCGCCUCCCCACGUAGUCCAGGGUGCAGCCGAUGGCCACCCAGAGCCAACGGGCUCUUCCCAGGACCUGGUGCGCUACUCAAGGUGUGCUUGUGAGCUUUGCUGUCCGUGGACCCCGCCGUGGCUGUACUGUAUGUUUUCUACUGUAUGAAUUAAAGUUUACAAGCGCAUGG